CAUUUCAUUUCAGUAAAAUUAUUCAUAAUAAAAAAAAGAAAAAAAAAUCAUCACAUGAUACGUGACUCGAAAUACUGACAAUCCAUUUGGUUCCAAUCGUCAGAUCUCACUGCAAUUCUCAUCGCUUUCUCUCUGAUUGCGAUUCAGUGAAAAGGUUGAAUAUGGGUGUGACACAAAACACCAUUGACAUGGAGGAGGGAACACUAGAGAUUGGAAUGGAAUAUAGAACAGUCUCUGGUGUUGCUGGACCUCUUGUUAUCCUAGACAAAGUCAAGGGACCCAAGUACCAGGAAAUUGUCAACAUUCGCUUGGGAGAUGGAACAACCCGCCGGGGGCAAGUCCUGGAGGUUGAUGGAGAGAAGGCUGUUGUCCAGGUUUUUGAAGGAACAUCUGGAAUUGACAACAAAUACACUACUGUCCAGUUUACCGGGGAGGUUUUGAAAACACCGGUCUCAUUGGACAUGCUUGGUCGUAUUUUUAAUGGUUCUGGAAAGCCCAUUGACAACGGCCCUCCUAUUCUUCCAGAGGCCUACUUAGAUAUAUCAGGGAGUUCCAUCAAUCCUAGUGAGAGAACCUAUCCUGAAGAAAUGAUACAGACUGGAAUUUCAACAAUCGAUGUCAUGAACUCAAUUGCCCGAGGUCAGAAGAUUCCUCUAUUUUCUGCUGCUGGUCUUCCCCACAAUGAAAUUGCUGCCCAGAUUUGUCGCCAGGCAGGCUUGGUGAAACGUCUGGAGAAAACUGAGAAUCUUCUUGAGGGUGGCGAAGAGGACAACUUUGCCAUUGUCUUUGCAGCUAUGGGAGUAAACAUGGAGACAGCACAGUUCUUCAAACGUGAUUUUGAGGAGAAUGGGUCAAUGGAGCGGGUGACCCUUUUCCUGAACUUGGCCAAUGACCCUACAAUAGAACGUAUUAUUACUCCUCGGAUUGCCCUGACAACUGCAGAAUACUUAGCAUAUGAAUGUGGCAAGCAUGUUCUUGUCAUAUUGACAGAUAUGAGUUCCUAUGCUGAUGCUCUUCGUGAGGUGUCUGCUGCUCGAGAGGAAGUUCCUGGGAGGCGUGGGUAUCCUGGUUAUAUGUACACUGACCUGGCUACCAUAUACGAGCGAGCUGGACGUAUUGAAGGACGAAAAGGAUCCAUUACUCAAAUUCCUAUAUUAACCAUGCCUAAUGAUGAUAUUACACAUCCUACCCCGGAUCUCACGGGGUAUAUUACCGAGGGACAGAUAUACAUUGACAGACAACUUUACAAUAGGCAGAUAUAUCCUCCAAUCAAUGUGCUGCCAUCCUUGUCUCGUCUAAUGAAGAGUGCCAUUGGUGAGGGAAUGACACGUCGGGAUCACUCUGAUGUAUCCAACCAGCUAUAUGCAAACUAUGCCAUUGGGAAGGAUGUCCAGGCGAUGAAAGCCGUGGUUGGUGAGGAAGCUCUUUCCUCCGAAGACCUGCUGUAUCUCGAGUUCCUUGAUAAAUUCGAGAAGAAGUUUGUGGCGCAAGGAGCUUAUGACACGCGCAACAUCUUCCAGUCACUAGACUUGGCGUGGACCCUGCUUCGAAUCUUUCCUAGGGAGCUUCUUCACCGCAUUCCAGCCAAGACACUCGACCAAUACUACAGCAGGGAUGCGUCUAACUGAACGAGGAGAGAGGAGGAAGCGCUGAGUUAUGUGUCCGACUGUCUUGGCGUGGGCGCCUCGAGGUGCGUUUCUUGAUGUGUUUGUUUUGUUCCUAUCUGGUUUGGAAUAAGAUUGAAACCAUUGAGAGGCAGACGGUCGUCCUUAGGAAGUAAGAGAGAGUUGUAUUCUUUCAAGACAGAGAAGCAUGCAUCAUGCUGUAAUUCGUUUGUAUCAUUGUGUUUUGGCAUCUUACAUUAUUACCCACCUUUCUAUAUACUAUAGUAGUAGUGCAUUUUUUUUUCUGGAUUUGUAUUUUGCUGGACAUUAUUGCUUCUUGUCCUUGAGUUUCUAAAAUAAAUGAGGAUAUUAUAUCGUAUUCUAUUUCA